UUUUUUUUUUUUCUUGUUUUGUUUUUGUUGGAAAUAGAAAAUUUAAGAAUCUAGUUCAUUGUAAUUUCUCAGCAAUUAAAGGAACUCAUUUUGUUUCUUGUUAGCUAUGUAUUCAAUGGUAGACACCUUUGCAAAAACAUAUUAGGUCAUGAAAAAUUCUUAUCUGUAGAAUCAAACAUUUAUCACUAGACACUACUGUGUAGUUGUUGGCGUCAAAUGCUUAUCAUUAUUAUGUAGCUGUUAGUGCCACGUGUUGAAUGCAGGUCGAUGGCAAGAUAUUGUUACAGCUGCCCCAGAUUCUGACUUUUCUAAGAAUGUCAAAAUAUUUAUGAAAAAAAAAAAAAGGAAUUGUUAAGAAUGAGUCAACAGAAAGCUACAGCAAUAGUUAUCAACAGAAAUUUUGUAUAGUUCAACCACUGGAUGUAAAAUAUGUACUAUGACUUUCAGCCCAGAAGACUAUUCUGAAAAAUGGAAAGUUUAAAUAAUGAAAUAUGAACCUGCAGGCUUUUGAGGCACCAGAUAAAGAAACAGCUGAUGUACCAUGAUGUUCAGCAAGAGAAAUAUGUGUUCCUGGAAAAAUGUUUUUCUCAUACUGUUUUGUUAUUGCUUUGGUUUUUGCAGUUCAAGAGAUACCAUUACAAUCAAUCAAACCUUGCAAGGAUCAGAAACUAUACUCUCAGAGGGCAACAGGUUCAAGAUGGGAUUUUUCAGCCCUGGAAAUACUUCCAAGUAUUAUGUAGGAAUCAUGUAUAACAACCCAUCAAAUGCUGUUGUAUGGGUUGCUAACAGAGACAAGCCUAUGAAUGACUCCAGAGGAACGAUCGCAAUCUCAGAAGAUGGAAAUCUUGUGGUGUUGGAUGGACAGAAUACAAUAUGGUCUUCAGAUGUUUCCGACUCUUCUCUGUCGAAUACUACUACUGCUCAACUCAUGGAUACUGGGAAUUUGGUGUUGAAAGACGGGUCAACUGGAAGAAAAUUAUGGGAAAGUUUUAGCAAUCCUUCGGAUUCUCUUCUUCGAACAAUGAAACUUGGCACUAAAGCGUUGAGAUCAUGGAGAAGUCCCUUAGAACCAUUCCCGGGGAGUUUUUCAUUUGGUAUUCAACUUCUGAACAUUCCACAGGUUGUCAUAUGGAACAACACCGAGCUUUACUGGAGAUCUGGUCCAUGGAAUAAGCAGAUAUUCAUUGGAGUAUCUGAAAUGGAUUCCUACUAUAACAAUGGAUUUGAUUUCACCACUGAUAGUGAUGGCAACGCAAGCCUAUCAUUUGACUACUUAGAUCAUCAGUCUGAAAGUUUAUACAUCCAUAUUAGUUCAAAUGGUUCUCUCUUGCAGACAUUUUGGGAUCAAGGGAAGGAACAGUGGGAGGUGACAUGGGAAAGUCACGCAAGCGAGUGUGAUGAGUAUGGAAAGUGCGGGUCUUUUGGAAUCUGCAAUCCCGGUGGGUUACAGGUCUGUUCUUGUUUGCGAGGAUAUAAACCAAAACGGGAAGUUGAAUGGGGUAACGGGAACUGGAGCAGUGGCUGCAUUAGAAACGAAGAUCUUCAGUGUGACAGAAACAACUCGGAUGUGAAUAAGAGCAAGCAAGACAGGUUUUUCAAGUUGCAGAUGGUGAAAGUGCCAGAUUUUGCCACUUGGGUGCCUUCGAGUCAAGACACUUGCGAAAGUGACUGCUCGAGAAAUUGUUCCUGCCUCGCUUAUUCAUUCUAUCCCGGGAUUGGGUGUAUGCACUGGACACGAAGUUUAAUCGACCUGCAGCAGUUUUCUAUGGGCGGAGCAGAUGUAUAUAUUCGUCUGGCAUAUUCAGAACUCGACUUGAAGAAAGAAAGCAAACACAACAAGAAAGCCAUUAUCGCAACUACAGUGACUAUAGGCUUACUUGCCAUUGCUAUUUCUGCAUACUUUUGUUGGGGUUGUUUGGCUAAGCACAGAGGAAAGAAGCAGAAGCAGAAGCGUGUUAUAUAUUUAGGUAAAACAUCUUCACCAAACAUGUGUGGAGAAGACACAACCCGAGCUAAGCUCGAGGAGCUACCAGUAUUUGACUUCGAGAUCAUAGCAAAUGCAACUGGAAAUUUUGAUCCGCGCAACAAACUUGGACAGGGUGGUUUUGGUCCAGUCUACAAGGGGAAGUUGGAAGAUGGACAGGAAAUUGCGGUGAAAAGACUUUCGAUAUACUCUGGUCAAGGGCAAGAAGAAUUUAUGAACGAGGUCGUGGUGAUUUCUAAACUCCAACACAGAAAUCUCGUUAGACUUCAUGGUUGCUGCAUAGAGGGAGGGGAGAAGAUGUUGGUCUAUGAAUUCAUGCCAAAUGGAAGCUUGGAUUCUCUUCUCUUUGAUCCUCAGAACGAAGAGUUUCUUGAUUGGAGCAAGCGCUUUAUGAUUAUUGAAGGAAUUGGUCGAGGCCUCCUUUAUCUGCAUAGAGAUUCAAGAUUGAAAAUCGUUCACAGAGAUCUCAAGGCAAGCAACAUUCUACUAGACGAACAAUUGAAUCCCAAAAUUUCAGAUUUUGGCUUGGCGAGGAUUUUUGGAGGUAACCAGCAUCAAGCUAAUACAGAAAGGGUUGUUGGCACAUACGGCUAUAUGGCACCGGAAUAUGCAAUGGACGGAAGAUUUUCAGAAAAGUCAGAUGUCUACAGUUUCGGAGUUCUAUUACUAGAAAUUGUUAGUGGAAGGAAGAAUUCUGGAUUUUACCAUGAUGAGUUUGCAAUAAGCCUUCCAGCACAUGCAUGGAAAAUGUGGAACAAAGAGAGGACGGAAGAAGUGGUAGAUCCUAGAAUAUAUGAUCGGCACUUCAAAACGAACAUGAAACGAUGUGUACAUGUCGGGUUGUUGUGUGUUCAAGAAUAUCCAGAAGACAGGCCUAAUGUUUCGACUGUUCUAUCAAUGCUUAGCAGUGAAAUUGCAGAGCUUCCAGGGCCUAACCAACCUGCAUUUACUGGAAGGCAGAGCCGCCCUGAUACAGACUCUUCUAAGCAAAGCAAUUUGUCUGUUAAUAGUACCACUAUUACUGUUAUUGAAGGAAGGUAAUUUUAUAAUUUUAUUCAUUUCUGUUAAUAGUACUGCCACUUAAUGAUCAGGAAGAACAGUGAAGAUUUAUACAAAUUCUUUUAAAGAGGAACAAACUUUUAGAAUUUGGAUGAAA